AGGUCGUGAACUGGAGAGGGCGCGAUUGUAACCAAUUGCUCUUCCAAGAACAGAUAUAUCUCAUCGAUUACUUCUCGUCCACCGUUUCAAAGAGAAAAAUCACUAUCAGUAAAUUCCUACACUCCCUGAAGAUUCAUCUUCCCCAGCUGGAGGGGAAGUUGCUGAACCAGAUCCACAUCUUAGACAUCUACUAUUCAAUUCAGUAGAGAAGUUGAGCUUACUUUUCUAUUCCUUGGCCUCUGGAGCUGAUUACAAUCCCCAAAUCCCAUGGAACGGCGUCGUUUCAUUCUCUUCCUGGCUGCCCUAUCAUGCUUUCUCGGAUUUCACGAAGCCAGCCCCGGUGACGCUGAUCCAGUCUACAGGGCUUGUGUUUUGCAAUGCGAGAAGACUGGAUGUGUGGGGGACAAGUGCUUUCAGCACUGUAACUUUUCCUCAGACGGAAACCCCAUUGAUGGCCCAUGGUAUCUGCAGGAGCCACUAUACAUUCAAUGGAAGCAAUGGGACUGCCGCAGUGACUGUCGUUACCACUGCAUGCUCUCUAGAGAAGAAGAAAGACAGGAACUUGGCUACAAGCCUGUAAAGUACCAUGGCAAGUGGCCAUUCAAGCGUAUUUCUGGGAUCCAGGAACCUGUUUCGGUCGCUUUCUCUGCUCUUAAUCUUGCGGUACAGUUUCAUGGAUGGGUUUCUUUCUACAUCCUUGUAAACUACAAACUGCCCUUUAGACCAAACAAGAAGACAUAUUAUGAAUACACAGGCCUCUGGAACAUAUAUGCAAUCUUCGCAGUGAAUGCCUGGCUUUGGAGUGCAGUUUUCCACAGUCGAGAUGUAGAUUUGACUGAGAAGCUGGACUACUCAUCUGCAGUGGCGUUACUUGGAUGUUCUCUUAUGCUGGCUAUAAUACGAGCUUUCAGUGUGAAGCUUGAGGCUGCAAGGGUCAUGGUUUCAGCUCCCUUAAUAGCAUUCGUGACAACUCAUAUCCUGUAUUUGAACUUCUAUGAACUCGACUACGGAUUGAACAUGAAAGUUUGUGUGGCAAUGGGUGUGCUACAGAUAGUUAUCUGGGCAGUUUGGGGCGGCGUCUCUGGCCACCCUUCCCGUUGGAAGCUGUGGGUGGUUGUACUCGGAGGCGCUCUUGCCAUGCUCUUGGAGAUUUAUGAUUUCCCUCCGUACUUGGGGCUUGUUGACGCUCAUGCCCUUUGGCACGCAACCACAAUUCCACUGACCUACCUAUGGUGGAGUUUCGUGAGGGAUGAUGCAGUGCAUAGGACCUCGGUUCUCCUCAAGAAGACGAAGUAGUAACAUCUCUCCUUGAUUCGUCGUUGUAUGUUGUUUCUUUUUUUUUCUCACAGUUGAUACACUUCCUGAAAGUGCUACUGAUUGUGGGUUUCUUUGGGUUUGGUUAUCUGAAAAUAUUGAGUUGUGAUAAGGUUAAUCUUUCUGACCACUAAAAGAGCUUUAGACUUCAUCAACGCUUUGGAGCUUACAACUUCCCUUCGAAUAGAUUUUACUUCCUUGGAAACAUCUCAAAUUCUUGUCCUUGUUUCACAUAUUCGUAUGGACUAGACAGAGAAAUGUUAUAAUACGUGAGUAUCACUCUUGUUUGUUUA